UUUUGUUAAUUAUUUAAUAUUUGAAUAGUAAAAUAAGAUUUUUUUCUGAGGACGAUUUUAUUUCGUUGUUCUCCAUUUAUCUCAACUUGAAUAAAUUAUGUCGAUCAAUAAAUGGAGGGAAAGUACCGAAGCUAGUACAAAGCGCGUGUCUCAAUGGGAAAAUUUGAUGAGAAAGUUCUCAGAAGCUCACAACGAAGAAUGCAAGACCAUAUCCUUGGACAUACCCCGGGUCCUACGAUCAAUGAAGAAGUUUCCCACGGGCUCCCAGUACGAAGGCACUUGGGACAUGCUGGGAAUGAGUGGCUAUGGUGUUUACAAGUUUCUAAAUGGUGUAGUGUACGAAGGUGAAUUCGAUGACGGGAUGUUCCAUGGUGACGGCCAAUUAAUAUAUCCUAAUGGUACUGUCCUUCAUGGCACAUGGAACAAGGGUCAGUUAACUGAACGGAGACUCAUAUUUGCUGAUGGCUUGGAGUACAGCGAAAUAGAUUGGAAAUAUUGUAGGAUGCCUGAUAGAAGGUACACGAUAGAGUAUGAUAAUGGCUUUAAACCAGCUGGUCAAUCGUAUCUCACAGCAGACCAACCCACGCGACCAGUACCACCUGGUUAUUAUGAUACGGGAGACGGUUUUUACGACCCUAAGACCAAGGUUGUAUACAAAGCUGAAGACCUAAACACUAUAAUAAGAUCACCAUCAGUUCGCGAACAAAAAUGGAUAAUAGAUAACUGCCGUACGUCACCAGACCUUCCGCUUGGACCUCGUAAAGAUCUUUACGAAGAGUGGCUUGAACCUCAAGUAAAGCUCAUUAAGCCUCCACCACCAGCGUCUACAUCUCGUGCUACAGAAUCAGCGCAGCCAUUACGUGAUCUGGAGCCAGAAAUUGGAGACGGAAGGGAAAGUAUCUUUUGGAGAAAAUCAUCAUCGCGAUGGAACCAACGGCCACUUAUCAAAUUUGAUACUCUGAUAUAA